AGGAAAUAAAAGCUGCCGCAGCCGAAGGGUGCAAAAGCAUGCUGGGCAAGAGCCGCGGAGCCGCAGGACGGGAUGGCUGCGGCGGGGAGCGUUGCCCGCGCCGGGCCGGGCCGUGCUGCUCGGCGCUGCCCGUUCUGCUCUCCGCGCUGGCGGCCGCCUCCUGCGUGUACCUGGGGGUACGGACCAGCGACCUCCAGGCCCGGCUGGCGGCCAUCGAGGGCGCCCGGGGGGGCUUCGCCGCCGCUCCGCUCCCGCCGCUGCCCGGCUUUUCUCUGGAACGGCUCAACGAGAUGAUGCAGGAGAAAGUGGAGCGGCUGCUCGCCCAGAAGUCCUACGAGCACUUGGCAAAAAUCCGAGCGGCGAGAGAAGCGCCCGCAGAGUGCAGCUGCCCGCCAGGUCCUCCAGGGAAAAGAGGUAAGCGGGGCAGAAGAGGAGAGACUGGACCUCCUGGUCAGCCUGGUCCUCAAGGCCCUCCUGGUCCAAAAGGCGAGAAGGGAGAUCAAGGUGAUCAGGGCCCUCGGGGUCUGCCAGGCUUCCCCACAGUCGCUGCUCUGCACAGUAAUCAGAUCCUCACCGUCAAGGGGGACCAAGGACAAGCCGGACCCCCUGGACCUCCAGGGCCACCAGGACCCAGAGGUCCCCCAGGAGAUACUGGCAAAGAUGGUCCUCGAGGGAUGCCUGGCAUUCCGGGUGAGCCAGGAAAGCCAGGUGAACAAGGGUUGGCAGGACCUCAAGGGCCUCCAGGACAAAAGGGUUCUGUUGGAGUGCCUGGUGUUCCUGGGAAAGAUGGACAAAUGGGAGAACCUGGUUUGCCUGGCGUAGCGGGGGAGAAGGGAGCAGCGGGGCUUAAGGGUGACCCUGGAGAGAGAGGAGAAAAGGGUGAUGCUGGAGAAAAUGGACCAAAGGGUGACACAGGAGAAAAGGGUGACCCUGGUUCGUCUGCUGCAGGAAUUAAGGGUGAACCUGGUGAAUCUGGACGGCCCGGACAAAAGGGUGAACCAGGUCUUCCUGGGCUUCCUGGACUCCCUGGGAUAAAGGGUGAACCAGGUUUCAUUGGUCCGCAGGGAGAACCCGGGCUGCCAGGGUUACCAGGAACAAAGGGUGACAGAGGAGAGGCAGGCCCUCCUGGGAAGGGUGAGCGAGGUGAAACUGGACUUCCAGGACCAAAGGGUGAUACAGGUGACAGAGGUGACACAGGAUCUCCAGGUCCACGGGGGCCACCUGGACAGAAGGGUGAUCAAGGUGCUACAGAGAUAAUUGACUAUAAUGGCAAUAUUCAUGAAGCUCUACAGGGACCACCAGGACCACCGGGACCCCAAGGGCUGCAAGGUCCAAAGGGUGAACCAGGAUCCCCAGGAAUUCCUGGAGUUGAUGGGGAACAGGGUCCUAAAGGACUAAAAGGAGAUAUGGGUGAACCUGGAAUGCAUGGAGAAAAGGGAGGAAUUGGACUACCUGGAUUGCCAGGAGCCAAUGGCAUGAAAGGUGAAAAAGGAGAUGCUGGUUUGCCUGGUGCCCAAGGCCCUUCGAUCAUAGGACCUCCUGGACCUCCAGGGCCACAUGGUCCUCCGGGCCCUAUGGGACCUCAUGGCCUGCCUGGCCCAAAGGGUGAACCAGGGUUAAAUGGUCUUAAAGGAUUGAAGGGUGAACAAGGUCAAAAGGGUGACAGAGGGCCCCUUGGUCUUCCAGGAGCAUCUGGCUUAGACGGAAAGCCAGGACCCCGGGGUAUAGAUGGCCCAGUCGGUCCCCACGGCCCUGCAGGCCCUAAAGGAGACAGAGGUGAAAAGGGAACUGUAGGUGACCCUGGACCCAGAGGACCCUAUGGCUUGCCUGGUUUCCCUGGUCCUCGAGGAGAAAAGGGUGAAAUAGGAGAAAAGGGAGAAAAGGUGAUCGCAGUGUUAUUAACUCUUGCUUGGUUCCUUGGCCCAGUCAGCUCUGCUGUCUUUAUUCCAUAAAUCAUCCCACUAAACCUGAUCUUUGUUUUCCCUGUGUGCCAAAAGGCAGCUCACAGAUGCGCACUAAACAAAAUCCCGUGUUAGAAAGAUCAUGAAAAUUUAUGCACAGAACGAGUGCUACCAAUGUGUGCCAAAGCACAGCUCGUUCUUAGGCUCGCUUUCUCCAUCCAUCUUACGCUUGUUGAAAGUCCUUGUCAGCCUGAAACUUUUAAAGCAGACAUCACCGAAAUGAGUAAUUUUGGUAGUAAUGUCAUACAGGAGACUCAGAGCCUCAGCAGUAUUUCAGUGUAACUGCUGACCCCGGCGCACUGUGCCUGCACACACUGCCUGUCCCAUACCGAGUGGCAAAGGACAGGAACUGUGCUAAUCUUUACUAUUGACAGUGGCUUAUUUCCUCAGUGAUGCUUGUGGACUGAAAUUAAAUCUUACACUACGUUUUCUGGUAAACCAGCCCAACAGUAACAGGAGGGUAACAGAAGAGGCCUGGCGUCCAGACACGGUGGCAUGGAAAUUUGUUCAAUAAAAUGCAAUUUAGGACCAAACGAUGUAGAGAAAUACUCUCUUCAAACAAGUUGAGACUAAUUUCUAAUUAGGUAACUUACUUCAGACUGAAAUGUAAAAAUUAAUAUCGUGACUAAAACACUGUUAAGAAUGAUGCUUGUCUUUCAUUGACACGUCUUGAUUGGUGAGUAGCUCAUUACCUCAGUUUUGAGAAUAAAUCCUAGGCCAAUGGUUUUUGUUUUAGCCUGUUGACAGCUCAACAGUAAAACUAUGUCAGUGUUUGCAUUAUAAUGUCUGCUUAACUUGGCUGUUAAAAAAAAAAAAAAAAGAAAAAAAAUCUAGCUCCCAUUACUUCUACAAAAUUACAGUCCAGGAGCACUCAGCACAAAAACAUUUGUACAAUUGGUUUUAUAUUUUCAAGUUUUAUGAGUAGAAGUCUAUUAUUU